UACAGAUCCAGGGGAGCCUUCUGAAUUUUAGGAAAAUGAUCCAGAUUACGACAGGAAAGAAAGCAGAAACAAGCUAUGCUUUUUAUGGUUGCUACUGUGGCAUGGGUGGCAGAGGAUCUCCCAAGGAUGCAACAGAUCGGUGCUGCUUUGCUCAUGACUGUUGCUACAGGCGUCUGAAAAAAAGUGGAUGUGGCACAAAAUUACUGAGCUAUGAAUUCACCUCCACAAGGGGCAAAAUCACCUGUGCUGCAAAGCAGGACUCCUGUAAGAAACAGCUGUGCCAGUGUGAUAAAGUUGCCGCUGAAUGUUUUGCCCAGAACCUGAAAAGCUACAAUAAGAAGUAUCAGUUAUACUCCAACAUAUUGUGCAAAGGAAAGCCACCCAAGUGCUGAGAGAGC